UGUGUUCAAUUUGCAGGUAGCACAACUCUACCGACUCCCCCGAGUGACUAGUACGACGGACGAAGGAAGCCAUUUUUCCAUGGCUUCGUCACUUACUCCUCCUCCGUUGCCGAUGGAGCUACACGCCAAGAACCGCGAAAAGGUCCUCAAAUCCAUUCUAAAACACCUUACUGACUCAUCUCGGCCUCACCACGGUUUCCUUUUUCUUCAGGGAGGUGAGGAGCAAACUCGUUACUGCACUGAUCACGCCGAACUCUUCAGGCAGGAGAGUUAUUUUGCUUAUCUUUUUGGGGUGAGAGAGCCUGGUUUCUUUGGAGCUAUUGACAUCUCUACCGGGAAGUCAAUGCUCUUUGCCCCUAGGUUACCUUCUGAAUAUGCUGUUUGGAUGGGAGAAAUAAAACCGUCAUCCUACUUCAAGGAAAGAUAUGGAGUUAGCGUGGUCUAUUAUACUGACGAAAUUGUGGGAGUUCUGCAAGAAGAGUACAAAGGAUCUGGAAAACCUCUAUUGUUUCUAUUGCAUGGACUAAAUACUGAUAGCAAUAAUUUCUCAAAACCUGCAAAAUUUGAGGGGAUGGAAGUCUUUGAGACUGAUUUGAGUACAUUGCAUCCUAUUCUGACCGAGUGCCGUGUUCUUAAGUCAGACCUGGAACUUGCUCUUAUUCAGUUUGCCAAUGACAUCAGCUCUGAAGCUCAUGUUGAGGUAAUGAGAAAGACUAGAGUGGGCAUGAAAGAGUAUCAGUUGGAAAGCAUGUUUCUCCACCACACUUACAUGUAUGGCGGCUGUAGGCACUGCUCAUAUACAUGUAUUUGUGCUACUGGUGAAAAUAGCGCUGUUCUCCAUUAUGGGCAUGCAGCAGCUCCUAAUGACAGGACAUUAAAAGAUGGAGAUAUGGCAUUGUUUGAUAUGGGAGCUGAAUACCAUUUUUACGGGUCAGACAUUACUUGUUCAUUCCCUGUGAAUGGGAAGUUUACAAUUGAUCAAUCUCUUAUAUACAAUGCUGUCCUUUAUGCCCAUAAUGCUGUCAUCUCUGCCAUGAAACCGGGAGUAAGCUGGGUAGAUAUGCACAAAUUAGCUGAGAAAGUUAUUCUUCAGUCACUUAAGGAAGGGCACAUACUUUUUGGCAACGUAGAUGAUAUGAUGACUGAACGAUUGGGUGCUGUUUUCAUGCCCCAUGGUUUGGGACACUUACUGGGUAUUGACACUCAUGAUCCUGGAGGCUACUUAAAGGGACCUGAGAGGCCAAAGGAACCAGGACUAAGAUCUUUACGCACAGCUAGAGAGCUCCAGGAGGGAAUGGUGAUAACAGUUGAACCUGGAUGCUACUUCAUCGACGCUCUGUUGAUUCCAGCCAGUGAAAGUACAAAAACUUCAAAGUUUCUCAUUCAUGAAGCAAUAGAAAGAUUUAGAGGUUUUGGUGGAGUUCGGAUUGAAAGUGAUGUGCAUGUGACUGCUCAUGGUUGCAAGAACAUGACUAAUGUACCUCGGGAGAUAGUAGAGAUCGAAGCUGUUAUGGCGGGGGCAACUUGGCCACUCAACAAUACGUCAUAAAGUGGAGAGAGCAAGCUUCAUUAUUAGACUCAUUUUCUCAUAACCGUAUUACCUAUGUGUUCUCCAAAAGAUGUUGCGACUGUUAAAUGUUUUGAUUACUUUUCAAGCUUAAAUUAUGGGACAGACCGGACAAUGACCUCUUUCUUCUCUCUCUUUGCCUGCAUACGAGUUAAACAGUGAAGGCAUUACUUCUUCAGCAUUCAUUGCCAGCGCCAAUAAUUUGUUAGAAGGUUGAUUUCUGAUGACAGGAUUGCUAGGAUAUUUGCAGUUAAUAAUAUCUCUAUGGUUGGUUCA